AUGUGUAUUCGUAUGAUACCUCCAGAAGACGUAUCGGUUGGUACAAUAUCUGCUACUCAAGCUUCUCCGAUAACAACUACACAAUGUACUGCGUCAUCAUGCCCAUCAACGACUACAGCGGUAAGAGUGAAUCCUGUAAUUGUUUCCCCUGCGGUAAGAGUGACUCCAGUAAUUGUUUCCCCUGUAACGACAGCUACUGGAACUGUAACAACAACACCUGUCACGAUGACUCCCAUGUUGUGCACAAACUGUGAUAUAGCUGCGAUCGCACCAGUGAUGGAAGCAAACACAGUUUUUGAGAAUACAAAUACAGUAGGAGCCAAUGGGUGUACACAAACCAAUGCGAUAUGCAGAAGAACCGAUGAUCAAGUUUGUACAGGAGUCAUAUUAUCUGCAACAAAUGCUGCUGGGACUUCUACUAUUUUCAGUGCCAUGAAUGCGAAUCAAGUCAGCGGAUUGCUCACUUGUCAGGCUGAUGGUACCUACUCCAGUGGCUCAGUCACAGGAAUCACCAAACUUAUGUGCACUUUUGAUACAUGUGUACCUCCCUGCGCAACAUGUGACAUAGAAGCUGUUAAACCAUUAAUGAAUCCGCCCGAUUCUUCCUUUGAUAUAACUGGUAGUACCCCUGAUGGCCAAGCAUGCAAGAGAUACGUUGUUACUUGUCGUAACAUGAUUCCUUGUCCUGCAAUAAAUCUUUACGCUGAGAUUGGGACAGGAGGAGAACAGCUUAUCAAAACAGAGGAAAAUGGUGCAACUAGUGCAUCAGCGGAAGUUGACUGCGGAAAUGAUGCAAAAUUAACAUUCAUGGGAAUGUUUCCAGUUUCUCACUCCUCAAGAGGAAAGAGUUUGAAUGCCUUGAAAUUGGAGGAGGGGAUUUAUCAAAAUUUAGGUUUUCAAGUGUGCACAACAUGUGAUAUAGCUGCGAUCGCACCAGUGAUGGAAGCAAACACAGUUUUUGAGAAUACAAAUACAGUAGGAGCCGAUGGGUGUACACAAACCAAUGCGAUAUGCAGAAGAACCGAUGCUCAAGUUUCUACAGAAGUCACUUUAUCUGCAACAAAUGCGGCUGGGACUUCUACUAUUUCCAGUGCCAUGAAUGCGAAUCAAGUCAGCGGAUUGCUCACUUUCCAGGCUGAUGGUACCUACUCCAGUGGCUCAGUCACAGGAAUCACCAAACUCGUCUGCACUUUUGUUACAAGUGUACCUCCUUGCGCAUCAUGUGACAUAGAAGCCGUUAGACCAUUGAUGGACCAACCUAAUUCUUACUUUGAUAUAAUCGAUAGAACUCCCACUGGGCAGACAUGCAAAGUAUACCAAGUUCAAUGUAAUUACAAUGGUGUAUCUUGCGCUGCAGUUCUUCUUUACGCCACAAUCAGACAAUUAGGUAAUGAUAUUGAAGACCCGAUUGCCUUAGGUAAUGACGUGGAAAUGAUGGCUACGGAACUUGCUUGCGGAAAUGAUGGAACAUUAACCUUCAUAGGAUUGUAG